AUGAUGAUGAGUCAUUUGCCAAACAUAGAUAAAGACUUUUCCUUGGUUAUUCAACAAGAAAGGGAAUUGAAUUUCUCAAGUUCUACUAAUGUUCCUAAUACUAGUGGUGAAGAGGUUGUUGCAUUCCAGGUUCGGACUGCUUCAGGAAAUCAGGCUGGCAAGUCUGGAAACAAUGCUUACAAGGGUAAAGUUCGGGGUUAUGGUGGAGCUAAAGGACACAAUCGGGUCUGCACACAUUGUGGCAGGACUAACCAUACCAUUGAAACAUGCUUCCUUAAACAUGGUUAUGCACCAGGUUUUAAGCAAAUAGGCAAGCUUCCUACAACCAUUGUAUCUGCAAAUGCUACAUUAGACUCUCCUCAGUUUACUUCAACUUCAUUUGGUUUUGGCUUCACUCAAGAUCAGUACAACAGUCUCUUGGAGCUGCUCCAACAGUCAAAGACCUCUCCUAAGGCCAAUUCCAUUUCCACAUCCCCUUUUGUUUUAAACUCACACUCAUCCAACAGCAAUGGUAAGAACCCUUUCCUUUGGAUCCUUAAUACAGGAGCCACUGACCACAUUUGUUUUAACAUAGCAUCUUUCAUUUCUCAUAAAAACAUUAUUCUUGUUCAUGUUAGCUUACCAAAUGGAUCUCAGAUUACUGCUACUAUAUUUGGAAGUGUAGAAUUGUCAUCUUAUUUAAUCUUGCACAAUGUCUUAUACAUACCAAGUUUUCAUGUCAAUUUAAUUUCCAUUGCAAAACUGAAGAAAUUGCCAUUUCCAAAUAGUGUUACUCAAUCUACUGCUUCCUUUCAAAUUUUACAUGCUGACAUUUGGGGUCCCUUUUUUACUAUAUCCAUUCUUGGACACAAAUAUAUUUUAACAUUAGUUGAUGAUUAUUCAAGAUCUGAUAAUGGUAGUGAAUUUCUUGCCUUGUCUAAUUUCUUCUUAUCUUCUCCAUCAAUGUGA